AUAAGGUUUCUCAUAACUAGUCCGUACUCCAUACUAUAAUCAAACAAUAUUAAAAUUAUAUAAGUACCUCAACCUACAACUUACAGAUCUGUUAUAAAAUGCCAUCGCGGGUAAAUAAUAAAUUAAAUAUUCCGCGCGCUCUGAGUUUUCAAACGAAAUCGGGAUGUGUAUGAAGUUGGCAACGUUUACGCCGAGUCGUCCUAUCGUUGCCGUAGCCAACAUUAACAGUGAGACCCCGCGUCCCGUUUCCGCCUUCCAAAAACCAACCGCCAAAACCGACGUCUGUUGUUGUUCGUUCGUAAUUUCGUGUGCUUCCUAUUGUGCAUCCGAGCCCUGAGCGAUUUGUUUCCGUAAUAAUAAUACACCUCGUCGACCGGUGGUACGCUCCACGAUAAUAAUAAUAAUAUUAUAUUGUUCGCCGUGCGCCCGUGUGCGUUGUGCUCGUGUUGCACCCGUUUUCUGCGAUUUAGUGCUGUAGUUGUGUUAUAGUAGUAGGUAGUUGUGAUCCGGUGGUGGAUGAGAACAUCUGUGGUCCGGUGGUGAAGACGUUUGUGAAGACAAAAAAAAGUAACCCGGACGAUUUAUUAUAUCCGUGCACCUACCCGUCAUCAUCUAUAAGACGUGCUGAACAAUACAUCUGUUGCUCGUCGCUGGCGCACUGUAUAGCGUUGCACGCGCUGUUUCUUGACGAUCCAUCACGGUUUCUGAUUUGUAAGCACAGCACUGAGCACGUCGAGCCGAUUAUAGCCGUACACAGAGUCCGCGACAAUGUCUGACAAACAGAUCUACUAUUCGGACAAAUAUUACGACGACAAGUACGAAUACAGACAUGUGGUGUUGCCUAAAGAGAUGGCAAAAAGCAUACCAAAAACACAUUUACUUUCUGAAGACGAAUGGAGAUCAAUUGGAGUACAACAGAGCAAAGGAUGGGUGCAUUAUAUGAUCCAUGAACCCGAACCUCACAUUUUAUUAUUCAAAAGACCACGAACCAACUGAACUUUCUACAUACCUUAAAAUGUUGAAUAACUUAUUGAACAAUGUUAAGAAGGUAGGGGGUGGCAAAUUUAGUUUCUAAGUAUUAUAAUGUUCUGUUGUAUAUUUAAACCAAUGAAAAAUGUUGAUUAGUUUCAACUUUUUCUGAGUAAAUGUAAUGUUUAUUCACUCUGUUAUGUUUAAAUAAUUGAAUUAAUUUUUAAAAUGUAAUCUUAAAUAUUUACUCUGUAAGUCUUGAUUAUUAAAUAUGUUUAUUAUUAAAUACAUUUUUUAAAAUCAAAUACUAUUCUAGGAUUUUGUAAAAACAAAAAAAAAACAUGAAAAAUACUUAAUGUUUUGAUUAUUUUCAUUGUACAAUAUAAAAUAUUAUAACCACUUGUACUAUAAGUAAUUUUUUUAUAAACUUAGGUUUAUUGAAAAAUGUAUGUAUUUUAAAAAUAAAUCUAAAAAUUAAUUGAUUAAAAA